CUAUUUUCAUAAUUUAAAGAGUUUUUUCGAUAGUGUAUUCCCCUUGCCUCCUAUUCCGACCUCUUCUUCCGCCGCUCUCUUUAUUUGUCACCAAGAUUAUCUUAGUAGGAGCCAGGAGGUAUCAAUUUUGUGUAAAUCUUGCCAGUUUUUACGUAUAACUGCCAUAUAUUUUAAUGGGGAAGCGUAGCAAACGACUCGCAAAUAGCGAAGAGCUUGAUGAGCUGCCAUGGAAUUCUUCUCUCCCCAAUGACGAUCCUUUCUCUGUCUUCACUGCUUCCGACAAUCUUGAAGGAGGAUUUUUAUCGCUCGAAGAGAUUGAUGAGUCUGAGUACAAUCUGGUAAUCCCUCAAUCUGUGGAAGAUAGUUUCAAGGAAAAGUCAGGGACAUCUCAAAAGGAGAAGAAAAGGAAACGGGUAGAUGUCGAAGUUAAAAAUGAUGAUACUGAAAUUGAGGCCGAUAAAGAGAGUGUAGAGGGUAGUGUUGAGCAAAAGAAGAAGAAGAAGAAGAGAAAGAAGAAGGCGGAGAAACAAGUACAAAAACUGGUGGAUGUCGUGGCUAAAGAUGAUGACAUUGAAAUUGAGGCUGAUGAAGAGAUGGAAGAGGCUAAUGUAGAGAGAAAGAAGAAGAAGAAGGCGACAAAGAAGAAGGCGGUAAAACAAGUACGGAAACAAGUUAUUGAAACCAACAUUGAAAAUAGUGAAGAGUUGGUGGAUAGAGAUGAAUUCAAUGCAUGGCACGAGCUGAGGCUUCAUCCACUUCUUAUGCAAGCAAUAUACAAGCUUGGAUUUAAGCAGCCAACACCAAUUCAAAAAGCUUGUGUUCCCGCUGCUGCGCAUCAGGGCAAGGAUGUUAUUGGUGCUGCAGAAACGGGGUCUGGGAAGACACUUGCAUUUGGCUUACCAAUCUUGCAACGCCUUCUUGAUGAGCAAGAAAAAGUGGGUAAGAUAAUGGUAGAAGAUCAGGAUGUUGCUCAGAAAAUUGCACCAAGAGGCUUGAUACGAGCUUUAAUAAUCACCCCUACAAGAGAACUUGCCCUUCAGGUUACUGAUCAUCUGAAAAAAGCUGCAACAUGUACCAGUUUUCGGGUAGUUCCUAUUGUCGGUGGGAUGUCAACAGAGAAGCAAGAGAGGCUUCUAAAAGCAAGGCCUGAAAUUAUAGUUGGCACACCUGGGAGGCUGUGGGAACUUAUGUCAGGAGGGGACAAGCAUCUUGUUGAGUUACAUUCAUUAUCGUUUUUUGUGCUGGAUGAAGCAGAUCGGAUGAUAGAGAAUGGACAUUUCCAUGAAUUACAGUCUAUUAUUGACAUGCUUCCUGCAGCUAGUCCAGCUAUGGAAAAGCAUCCCCAGGAUGUGCAGAACUGCUCGACUGUCUCUAUCCUCCAGAGGAAGAAACGGCAAACCUUUGUGUUUUCUGCAACAAUUGCACUAUCUCUUGACUUCCGCAAAAAGUUAAAACGGGGAACUCUUAAAUUGAAGCAGACAUCAACUGGUGGAUUGUCAUCCUUGGAAGCUUUAUCAGAAAGAGCAGGAAUGAGACCUGAUGCUGCAAUUUUUGAUUUGACCAAUGAAUCAAUAAUGGCUAGAAAUCUUGUGGAGUCCUUUGUUGAGUGUAGCGAUGAAGACAAGGAUGCCUACUUGUAUUACAUUCUGUGUGUUCACGGUCAAGGCCAAACAAUUGUUUUCUGCUCGUCAAUUACUGCGUUACGCCAUGUUGCUGCUCUUUUACGCACCCUUAACGUCAAAGUUUGUGUCCUUCAUGGUGAGAUGCAGCAGCGUGCUCGCUUAAAGGCCCUUGAUCGCUUUCGCGAGAGUAAAAAUGGAAUACUUGUUGCUAGUGAUGGUGCUGCCAGAGGACUAGACAUACCUGGAGUUCGUACUGUUAUCCAUUAUCAGCUUCCACAUUCAGCAGAUGUAUAUGUCCACAGAAGUGGACGUACUGCUAGAGCUUCUACUGAUGGAUGCAGUGUUUUACUGGUCUCGUCAAAUGAAAGAUCAAAGUUUGCCUCUUUGUGCAAAUCCUUUAACAAGGAUACUCUUCAGCGUUUUCCGAUUGAAAGCUCUUAUAUGCCAGAGGUUCGGAAGCGGUUAUCUCUUGCUUGUCAAAUAGAUAAGAUUUCACGGAGAGAGUCAAAGGAAAAAGUAAAAGAGAGCUGGAUCAAAAGGAAUGCUGAGUCAAUAGGGCUAGAUGUCGAGGAAAAUGACAGUGAAGAAGAUAGAGUUAACAAUUGCAGGCACAAAAAAUCUACCUCCAUGCGUAUGAAGAAACUUCAAGAGGAGCUCAAUAUGCUGUUAUCACGUCCACUGCAGCCAAAGUCCUUUUCACAUCGCUUCUUGGCUGGGGCUGGUGUUUCCCCAGUCCUGCAACAUCAACUGGAAAAGCUAACUCAGCAGAAAUCUGGUGGUGACAAAGGCUUAGUGGAUCAUGACAAGAAAUUAGUUGUUAUUGGUCAGGAUUGUGUGGAGCCGCUCCAGGCGCUUCUUCGGGCUGGUCCUGAGGUGCGCAUGGAUUUCAAUGAGCUUGCAGAGAAGCACCGAGACAUGGAGAAGUUGCGGAGAAAAAGAAAAGAGGCUAAAAAACGUCAGAAAGAGCAAAAGAGAACGGAGAAGAAAAGGCUAAAACAAGCCUAGUAGAGAUAAUUGGGAAGCAGAGAGCAAAUGAUAGCAAAAUUUUGUUAGCUAGUAGUCCAGUACUAUAUUUGUAACAUUUCGUUUGCUUCACUAAGAGUAGAAUUAUAAGAAAAAUAGGCCUGCUCACAUUAUAAACAGAUGUGAGUGAGUCUUUAUUUGAAUGGACCCUAAUGUUAAUAGGAAACCUCCCUUAUAUUAA